ACCACAGAAGGUGAUAGGAAUCUCCACAGUCUCAAUCUACAAACAAGGAGACAGCAGAUUUGCUAGGAUGGUCCCAAAAAAAGUGAUGGCAACCCUUCUGGUCCUGUACACGGUAGCCAUGCUGGCUGAACAGAGCGAAGGCUACACUGCCUUUUUUACUCGGGAAGAUUUCAGAAAAAUGGAGGAGAGUGAGAAGAACAAGGCACAGAGAAAAUCCCUGAGUCUGCAGCAGCGAUCAGAACCAAAUGAUUUUCCUGAAUUUUUAGAAGAUGAAGGGCAGAUCAUCAAGCUGACUGCUCCUGUAGAAAUUGGAAUAUAUCUGAAUUCUAGGCAGCUGGAAAAAUACAAAGAUGUCCUGCAGGAACUCCUAACAGAGAUGUUACCCAAUACUCGGAAUGCGAGCCGACCUUCCCAAGGUGGCAACCGCUAG